GAAGCGAUGCGUUUCUUCAUCAUGGGGCUGUUCUGCUAUUUUAUGUCCACAAUCCUGGUGGUUUGGCUGCUCUUCGACAAGACGGGAGCCUUCAUCACGACGGUGAUCCUGGUCCUCUUCUGCCUGAUGCUGGUGAGGCAGAGCCUGGUCAUAC